AUGAAGAACAUCUUAAGUCAUAAGAAGGAUUGGAGAGAGGCAGAAACAGUCCUCCUCACUGAAGAAUGCAGUGCAGUCAUUCAAAACAGCUUACCAGAGAAACUUAAGGAUCUUGGGAGUUUUAUGAUACCAUGCACUAUAGGGAAUGCUUGCACAAGGACAGCCCUAUGUGAUCUUGGAGCAAGCAUCAAACUAAUACAUGCUUCAUUAAUAAAGAAGCUCUAUUUGACUCAUGAAGUCAAACCAACCCGCAUAUGCCUUCAACUUGCUUAUGGUUCUGUUAAGUUCCCAUCAGGUGUAGUUGAAGAUAUGAUUGUUAGGGUUGGACCCUUUGCUUUUCCAACUGAGUUUGUGGUAUUGGAUAUGGAUGGGCAUAGAAGUGCAUCUCUUAUCCUAGGCAGACCCUUCCUAGCUACAGGAAGAACCCUCAUUGAUGUUCAGAAAGGUGAAGUAAUCCUGAGAGUCAAUGAGGAUGAAUAUAUGCUAAAUGCUGUCAAAGCUGUGAAGCAUCCCGAUACCCCAGAGAAAUGCAUGAGCAUAGAUACCAUAGAUUCCCUGGUGGAAGAAGUAAACAUGACUGAGAGACUCGAAGAAGAGCUGACUGACAUCUUUUAUGAUGUCCAGCCUAAUUUAGAGGAACCAAAGGAGAUAAAAGAGCCUCUGAAACCCCCUAAAGAAGAGGAAAAGCCUCCUAAACUCGAGCUCACGCCAUUACCAUCUUCUCUGAAUUAUGCAUUUCUAGGAGAUGGAGAUACGUACCCU